CGGCUAAGCGACAAUCAUGCUUUCGACGGAUUCGAAAGAUUCCGCGAUUCAGUUUUGUUUGGGUUAGAACUUCGAAAUUAAGAUACCGAUUUUGUCGUGCUUCUCUCGUAAUUCCUCGUUCCAAAUCGUUAAUUGUUAAUUGUUUUAUCGGAAUAAUGCCCAACUGGAGAAAGUAGAUUUUUAUUUUUUUACUCAAUAACCGUCAAGUACUUGUUUUAAAAUCUGCAAAAUGAAGUAUACGACAGUGCAAUUGAUCGCGAUGCUCUUCCUCGUGUUAAACACCAAACCGCUGACGGAGGGAAUAGACAUUAACAAUUAUUUCCAACUGAUCAACGACGUCCACAGAUAUUAUCGCACGUCGUGCGUUAUUUUUGUGCGGUCUGACAAUUGCGAUUUAAAUAUGACGACGUUGGUGCACAUGUUGGCGCGUAAACAGCAGCGAGUCAUGACCAUGACGACAACUUUUUCGGAUUUGAUAAGGAAGUACAAUGAGUACCAGAAAAAUAUUAGGCGGCCGUUGUUUGUCGUUCUUCUCGACACCAGGGACACCAUGGAUGAGUUCGCCAAGACCACUAGAGAUAUAAAACCCAUCUCCUUUCCGUUCUGGUUCAUCAUGUUUCUUCAAUGUCCUGGGAAUCCCCUCAAGGAAUACUGUACGCACCCAACCGAUAAUGUAUUCAAUGUGGAUGUCAGUACCCAGAUGCUGGUCUUGUGCUACGAUCGCCCGACCUUGGUCGAGUGGUACGCCGUACGCGAUAAUCGCACCAGAACGUUCGAUCUGGCCACGUGGUCCCAUGAUAGAGGUCUGAUUUUGAAGACGCGAAAGAAUAUCUAUGCCAGGAGAAGCGAUAU